GACCUUACUUUUGAGAUAAGAUAUCGAGGCUGUAUAAUGAGUCAUUCGAUCUGGAUCUCUCCCACACAAUGGAUUUUGCUCUAAUCCUUACUAUAGCAUGUUUAUCUACUGGAGCAUAUGUAAGUCAUCUAUUUAAGUCAUAUAUUUAAGUACUCUAUUUAAGUCGUCUAUGUUAGUCAGCUAUGUAAGUCUAUGUAAGGGAUGAGUCAUCUAUGUAAGUCAUCAAUGAACGUCACCAAUGAAAGUCAUCAAUGUAAGUCAUCAAUGUAAGUCAUCUAUGUAAGUCAUCAAUGAAAGUCAUCAAUGAAAGUCAUCUAUGUAAGUCAUCAAUGUAAGUCAUCUAUGUAGGUCAUCAAUGAAAGUCAUCAAUGAAAGUCAUCAAUGAAAGUCAUCAAUGUAAGACCUCUAUGUAAGUCAGCUUUGUAAGUAAGCUAUGUAAGUCAUCAAUGAAAGUCAUCAAUGUUAGUCAUCAAUGUAAGACCUCUAUGUAAGUCAGCUUUGUAGGUCAGCUAUGUAAGUCAGCUAUGCCUUCAUGUUUAUCCCAAUGGUAUGAUCAUGAUCUCAAACAUUAGCAUUAUAGGACGUCUCAGAGUCAGGAGCUGUUCACAUUUUCAUGCUGGAAUCCGUCCGUCACAUUGUAAACGAAAUGACAAGGCCUGUGAGGACAAGCUGGUGCCCUGGACAGGAAAUCCUCUCUCCACACACCUGGAUAAUCCAAGGGAACAUCUUAUUUAGAUGUUACAGCUUGGCAACAAAUCGCCUCUCCACACACCUGGAUAAUCCAAGGGAACAUCUUAUUUAGAUGUUACAGCUUGGCACCAGCUACGUGGCAGUUGUCAGAAUUAUUCAUUGUAGUAAUGCAUCCGCCUGCAGGACUCCUUCUCCGGGUUUUUUCAUCCAGAACUUCCUCUUCUUAGAUGAGUUGCUAUCCAAGGAUAACGGGUCCCAUCCACCCGGGGUGCUGGCGUUUUCCCAUCCUCCCGGGGUACUGGUGUUGUCCUAUCCACCCGGGGGUGCUGGUGUUGUCCCAUCCACCCGGGGAGCUGGUGUUGUCCCAUCCAUUCGGGUGUUUAAAUGAACGCCGGAUCACAAGCUAGGGAUUGACUCAGUUCACAAAUCACUCGACCAUCCAGCACCCAUGUUCACAAAUCACUCGACCACCCAGCACCCAUGUUCACAAAUCACUCGACCACCCAGCACCCAUGUUCACAAAUCACUCGACCACCCAGCACCCAUGUUCACAAAUCACUCGACCACCCAGCACCCAUGUUCACAAAUCACUCGACCACCCAGAACCCAUUUUCACUUCAGUAAUUUUAAUGAUUGGCUCAUGCCGUAUGAAUGCAAUCCUUUGGAUUUCGCGCUAGAGCACCGAAAAACUGAGACCGUUUAACCAAAGAAAUAUGUGCCACUGAUUUUCAAUUUAGGCUAAUCCUUAAUCCCUCUGAUGUACUAGUUAUAAGUAAACCUACCCCCCCCACACCAUCCCCCACCACAAAAAAAAAAAAACAACAAAAAACAAACCACGACCUUUCAGUUAGAACUACUUCUAGCCAUAUUGUAAUCCACCAGGCUGCAGUAGGCACGACAUGCACAGCAGAAGAUCAAUGUGACGCGGGAGAGUGUUGUCAGAUCUUAAGUGAGUUCAUGGUGGCCAGCAAGAAGAGGGCAGUUGUUAAUGGCUUGUUACCGAAGACGGGUGAGUGAGAAAUGCUUUAUAAUAGUACUAGGAUGGUAUUCCCUUGUAUUCUGUCUUCUUCUUUUUAUCGAACGCAAAUAUAACUGUUGAUUUAAACAAUUCGUUUCCUUCAUUUAUGAAGACAGCCUACACAAGGCAAGCAAGCACAAGCAGAUCGCCCUGACCUCAGUGAUUUCUUUAAAUGUACAGAAUAUUGAAUUUUUAAAGGCACAGCUUCGCGGCCGAUGUGCCGCGCCACAGCGCACUGGUGUGGCGCAAGAUGAUGCAAGGUGUGCCGCACUAAAUGCACCGAAGCGGAGCAAAAGUACACGGUAGUUCACCGUGGGUACACACGUCAACCAUGUUGCUAGAAGUGGGGCAUUGUUGAAAAGAUGUCAAACUUUUCGAUAACUGUUGUGUCCUGUACGGAAAUGUCUCCGGUACAGACAUGUCUCCGGUACAGACAUGUGUCCGGUAAGGACAUGUGUCCAGCACAGAAAUUUUGUCCGGCACAGUAAUGUGUCCUGUACAGACAUGUCUCCGGUACAGAAAUGUGUCCGGCACAGAUAUGACUCCGGCACAGACAUGUGUCCGGUACAGACAUGUGUCCAGUACAGACAUGUGCCGGGUACAGACAUGUGUACGGUACAGACAUGUGUACGAUACAUACAUGUGUCCGGCACAGACAAGUGUCCGGUACAGAUACGACUCCAGCACAGAUAUGUCCCCGGCAAAGACAUGUGUCGGGUACAGACAUGUGUCCAGUACUGACAGUUAAUGUGGUCCAAUACACGGUACUGUUAUAAUAUUCAUCAUUACGCGCCACAGUGACCGUUAACGACAUUACGUUAUUCAGUAUAUUUUUUGCAUGAAUAUGCUUGUAGUGUGCCGCUAAUGAAAACUGGGCGCUAUUUUCAGUCUCCCCCCUCACCCCUGUCUCCGUAAGACUAAAGUCUUCUACUACCAUUGAUGUUAGCCUUGUUUGUUUGUUGAAGGUCAACACUUAGGAGUCGAGGUCACUAUAGAUUCUGCAAAUUCUAGACCUCUAGGUGUUGCAUAAUAAUUCCAUGUAUCCAAAAUCAACAUCACUUUUUGAUGAUGUUCAGAAAUUUCCUGUCGCAAUUUUUCCGAAACUCUAUAGAUGUCACUAAUGUGUCCGUGUGCCACGUCAUCAGUCACGUGUGUCCCUGUGUCAAAUCCUCAGUCACUAAUGUGUCCGUGGGUCAAGUGAUCACUCACGUAUGUCAGUGUGUCACGUUAUUAGACACGUGCCUGUGUCACAACAUCAGUUACUAAUGUGUCCUUGUAAAUUCUAUUGCAGGAACCUGUCAGAAAUACACCCCAGAGGGUGGUGGCUGUGUGACGUAUGACAAGAUGAACGGCUACUGUAGCUGUGAGCCUGGCACCUACUGUCACAUGUACGAGGUUCCCAUCGCGUCAGGUAGAAGUGCAAGAGGGGCGCCCAUGAACAGACCAGGAUACCAGUGGAUCUCAAGGUGCGAGAAAACAACAGCGGGAGGAGGCAGAAGAACACCCCACUAGAGGACACUUGAUCAGAGGACCCCAGACUAGACGGGGUUACACUUUGAUCAAAUGUCAUGGUGGCUAGAAACACCCUCUCAUGUCAUCUUUGAAACUCAUGUCAUGCAUCUCUACGAAUAAAGUAGAUGUGAAAAUGUUGAUUUUGUUCACCGAAUAAGUCUGACAAGUGGGACACCUGCAUCCAAUAUGCCUCGCGUGCUUCUUCCCCUCCAUCCACUCUUAAUAAUUAAGUAGUAAACUAUCAUUUGGUUUAGCUUGGCUAUUACUCGAAAC